GUCCCGUAACAUUGUCUUCCUUCCCUCCCAUCACUACGUGGCCAGACUGCCCCACUCGACACAAUGGGCAUCUCUGGCCUCCUCCCCUCCCUCAAGGAGAUCCAGCAGCCCCGCAACAUCUCCGACUUCAAGGGAAAGAGGCUCGCCAUCGACGCCUAUGUCUGGCUGCACAAGGGCGCGUUCGGGUGCGCCGAGGACCUGGUGAAGGGCAAGAAGACAACCAAAUUCGUCGACUAUGCCAUGUACCGUGUCCGGAUGCUCCGCUACCAUGGCAUCACGCCGUUUGUCGUGUUUGACGGCGGGCCGCUGCCAGCCAAGCAGGGCACAGAGGACUCGCGCGCCAAGUCACGCGCGGGGCAUCUGGCGCGUGCUCAGGCCUUCGAGGCGCAGGGAAGGCUCAAGGAGGCGCGAGACUGCUACACCAAGUGUCUGGACAUUACCCCCGAGAUGGCGUUCCAGCUCAUCAAGGCUCUGCGAGCUGAAGGAGUCAGCUACAUUGUUGCACCGUAUGAGGCCGACGCGCAGCUGUGCUUCCUCGAGCGCGAGGGCUUCGUCGACGGCGUCGUGACGGAAGACUCUGACCUCCUCGUGUUCGGCUGCAAGACGGUCAUCUUCAAGCUCGAGAAGGACGGCUCGUGCAUCUCGAUUGAGCGAUCACGGCUCGCACAAGUUCGCGAGCUCCCGAUGCACGGCUGGACGGACGUUCAGUUUAGGCGCAUGGCGAUGCUGUCUGGAUGCGACUACCUUCCCUCCAUCCCGGGUAUCGGACUCAAGAAGGCACACAGGAUGCUGAGGCGGUACAAGACAGUAGAGAAGCUACUACAAGCUAUCCGUCUUGACGGCUCGCACAACAUACCAUCAGGGUAUUCCGAGGCGUUUGCUCAAGCCGAGCUCGCCUUCCUCUACCAGCGUGUCUUUUGCCCCGAGAAGAAGUGCCUUGUGCCCCUGAGCGACUUUCCAGAAGCGGGCCUUGCUGGUGAAGAUGAGAAGUGGAUCGGGCUGGACGUCGAAGAGGACAUUGCUCGCGGCAUGGCGGCCGGCGACCUCCACCCUGCCACUCGUAAGCCAAUCGAUGACCUCUGGCCGGACUUCAAACCUGGUUCGAAGGGUGGCAACGCUCCAGGAUUAGCCUUUGCUGCUACAUCCUCCUCCACGCCCAAGGCUGGGCCUCUCGACUCGUUCUUCAGCCGUGUCAAGAGGACGAAGUCGACCCCGGCCGUUCAACCCAUCGGCAAGAUGGCGUCGGGACCGACGCGCUUGUCCGACCUCAACGGUAUCGGGAGGCACUCGUCUGACCCGGGCCCCGAGACGCCGCCACCGGCCGAGCGCAAGACCAGCAAGUUCUUUGGUGGCAAGGCUGCCCCGGCGGACGAACCAGAAGACAAGUUUGAGCUCAAGUGGGAGCAGUCGACACAGUUUGCGUCCCAGCAAGCUGGGCCCUCACGCGAGCGUAGCGCCACCCCAGAACACAUCAAGUCGCCUUCUCCAUCGAGGUCAACACUACGCGAGACGCUGCAAGACGACGACGGCGACGUGGCCUUCACCUCUCCCGUGUCCGUGGUGUCUGACGUGUCGUCGCCUCCAAUGUCUGCUUCCCCGCUGAAGGGCCGCGACCCAGCAAAGCGGCCCGAGCCACCAUCGCCGACUCCCAACCGUGUCCUGGUCGCGGCGUCGUCACAGCUUCCCCCUCCCACCAUGGCGACGUGCGCGUCGAGUCCCAUGUCGACACCAUUACGUCGCGCACACACCACUCCAAUCACCAGCCGAGCGCUGACACGUAUCACUGCGGUCCUCGUCCCUGCCUCUUCUCCAGUUGUCCCCAACGACUCGAGCGACACAAUAGACGACGACGACAUUGUGACGCCGUCUCCCGGUGCUCUCCUCAAGCGCAGGAGGGUCGACCAGGACGAGGGCGACGACGAGGAGCGAGAAAGGCGCGCCCGCGUAGUCGCCGAGGGUUGGCGCCAGAAGUAUGCCCUCAAGUCUGCCGGAUCGUCCUCGCCCGCUGCUCCUGCCCCACGCAAGCGUACCGCUUCGAUGCCUGUCAGUGCUGGGGCGCGUAAUAUCCUGGCGCCAAAGGCCACCAACGUGGGCCACGAGCCAGCGCCAAAGGUGGCAGCCAAGACCGUGGUCAAGGCCACGGCGAGUGACGCGACGCCGAAGGCCAAGGUGCCAGCUGCUGUCAAGAUUGCGGCAGUGACGCCGUGCACAGCCGCUGCCACAGUUGCCACGACACCUAUCAACGCGGGUGUCCCCAGCCCCCAUGGCUUAACGUGGUCCUCGCUUGAGCGCUUCCGCUUCCACCGCCGAUAG